CUCUGGGAGCGACAAGUCAACACAUCGCUCCUAUAUAAACAGGUUGGGCCAGCGGUGCCUCUUACUCAGUUUUCUUCAUCACAGUCAUUCCUGGAGAGGAAUACAACGGGAGUAACACAAUGAAUAAGCUGCUGGUCAUUACUGUGCUUGUUGCAUUCCUUGCUCUCAGCGCUGAAAGCUUCCGCGUGCCGAGGCAGGCUGAAGAUGAAGAGGGGACCCUGGCCAAGAUCACGGGUACCUUCAGGUCCUACUAUGACGGUGCUGUCAACACUGCGAGUGGAUACCUGGAAAGCAUUAAGGGCCUGAAGCUGGAGGAGAAAGCAAAGAAUCUUUACACUGAUACUACCACAGUUGUGAGCACCUACGCUGGCAUUCUGAACGACCAGAUUUACCACAUCUUUUACUCCCCGCAGUAAACAAAAACUGAUUUCCAAUUACCUCAGCUACCUUUUCUGACAGAGUAAGAACUUUCAAGCUCCACACGAAAGGCCCAAACGUCAUUUGACAUUGUGAACUCAGUCGUAUCUCACCACAACCAAGCCUCAAAGCCUCAAACAGCAUCCUCAAAAAUACUGGACCCAGAGCUCCUUGCGACGCUUUCUCGGACCACCACACUGGUGGUAAAUGAUGAUAACCACCCAAAGGGGACUGUAAUCCUUUGAAAAAAAAACAACAA